CUCUCAGUAGUCGGUAGAGACGAGCAAAGCAGCCGCUUGUUGAGGAGCCUGAAACAGCUAAAAAAAAACAACCAUAACUAAAAUACAGUUUGCUCUCAGCGGGUGUGCUCCCCCCUUGUAACUAUCCGAGACCACCAUAAGUUGAACUCAACAAGAAUUGGGCCAAGGGUUCGAGCAGACCACUUAUUAUACCCGUGCAGCUAACGUUAGCGGUGUUUUGCACGAACUUGGCUCCUCUAGCCGGUCGUGCUAACGUUAGCGGCGGAUAGUCAGGUGCAAGCCGACUGCUGCUUCUGCUUCUGUUUGGGGGGGAAAGAAUCAAGCUUCGGCUUCCAGUGUUGAGCUUCCAUGGAUAUCUCUUCCUGGAUCUACCUGAUCAGACGGAAUUAGCGGAGGCUUCGGUUUUCUCGUCAUCUUCAAGAAUGCCAAGCCCUUCCCCUCCUCAGACAGCCUAGCGAAGGUCCAGGAGGUAGCAAGCUGGCUUUUGGAAAUGAACCAGGAUCUGCUGUCGGGGGGCAGCAGCAGCAGGCACAGUCGAGGGCUAGGGGGUCAGACCGCGCGAGGUAACGCCUCCUCUACGACCCGGGCACCACAGCAGGCAGCAGAAGACGGCGAUGAGGAUGAGCACAUCAACCGGGUGGUCGAGGAAGCCGAGCUGCAGCAGAGGCCAGAGGCAUCUCAGGCUGAUGGCGAUCGAGAGCAACCGUGGGCACCUGGUGAGUCGGGAGCAAGCAACGGCCCUCUGGGAGAGGAAGAGGGGGAGGAAGGCCAAAGAUGCCCACUAAGUGAAGUUACUAGGGAAGGGAAAGGAGCCCGGUGGCAGUGGGGGACAGAGCAAAGGCAACUUCGAGGCCAGCCACCCCUCGACGAGGAGGAGGAAGAGGAGGAGGAGGAGGAGAACAACAACAGCAGCAGCCACCAAGAAGAGGAGGAAACGGAGGCGAGGACAGAGGGAGGGGAGGAACGGGGGAGGCCGGAGGGGAGGGAGGAGGGCGAGGAGCGAGAGGAGGAGGAAGAAGAGGAGGAGGAGGAGGAUGACGAGGAAAUGGACCAAGAUAGUGAUGAAUUUGAACAUUCAGCAGAGAGUGGGAGGGAGGAGGAAGAGGAGGAGGGGGGAGAAGGCAAAGAAGGGUUGCCCUCACUCUCUGUCAGGAACAAUGUCUCUGCCCCCAGUAAUAAUCAGGACUCGGGAUGUGUACACCAAAGUUCUUCCAGAAAGGAGAUGAAGAGAAAGUUGGACCCUGGCCCAGAGGUCCGAACUUUCCCUUCAGGAAAAAAGCCCUGCAAAGGCCCAGAGUAUACAAGCCCAACAGGAAUUGUCCCAUGUCCGGCUACACCCACAACCUUUGGCCACAUCAGAACGGCCAACGGUCAGGGGCAACAAAGACGACGAAUCACCUCAAUCCAGCCACCUACGGGUCUCCAAGAAUGGCUCCGAACAUUUCAGAGCUGGACCGGCCCAGAGAAGCUGCUGGCGCUGGAUGAGCUGAUCGACAGCUGUGAGCCCACACAAGUCAAGCAUAUGAUGCAGGUGAUCGAGCCGCAGUUUCAGCGCGACUUCAUCUCCCUGCUGCCCAAAGAGCUGGCUUUGUACGUACUUUCAUUCCUGGAACCGAAGGACCUCCUCCAAGCGGCGCAGACGUGUCGCUACUGGCGUAUCCUGGCAGAAGACAACCUGCUGUGGAGAGAGAAAUGCAGGGAAGAGGGUAUCGACGAGCCUCUGCCACCACGGAAAAGGAAAAUUGCCAAGCCAGGCUUCACUCACAGCCCCUGGAAGAGUGCCUAUAUCAGGCAGCACAGAAUAGACACUAACUGGAGGAGAGGGGACCUCAAAUCACCCAAGGUGCUGAAGGGACACGAUGACCAUGUGAUUACCUGCCUCCAGUUCUGUGGCAACCGCAUUGUCAGCGGCUCCGAUGACAACACGCUGAAGGUCUGGUCAGCCAUAACAGGAAAGUGUCUGCGGACGUUGGUGGGCCACACCGGGGGCGUGUGGUCAUCCCAGAUGCGAGACAGCAUCAUCAUCAGCGGCUCCACUGAUCGCACACUCAAGGUCUGGAAUGCAGAGACGGGAGAAUGUAUCCACACCCUCUAUGGGCAUACCUCAACAGUACGCUGCAUGCACCUACAUGAGAAAAGGGUUGUCAGUGGUUCUCGCGAUGCCACGCUUCGUGUCUGGGACAUCGAGACGGGUCAGUGUUUACACGUCCUCAUGGGCCACGUGGCGGCGGUGCGCUGUGUCCAGUACGACGGGCGGCGGGUGGUCAGCGGUGCUUACGACUUCAUGGUCAAAGUGUGGGACCCAGAGACGGAAACCUGCCUCCACACACUGCAAGGCCACACCAACAGAGUGUACUCCUUGCAGUUUGAUGGGAUCCAUGUGGUGAGCGGCUCUCUGGACACGUCUAUAAGAGUCUGGGACGUGGAGACGGGAAACUGCAUUCACACUCUCACGGGGCAUCAGUCCCUCACCAGCGGCAUGGAGCUGAAGGACAACAUACUCGUCUCAGGCAACGCAGACUCCACUGUCAAGAUCUGGGACAUCAAUACGGGCCAGUGUCUCCAAACACUGCAAGGUCCUCACAAGCACCAGAGCGCCGUGACGUGCCUACAGUUCAACAAGAACUUUGUCAUCACCAGCUCUGACGACGGCACGGUCAAACUGUGGGACCUGAAGACGGGCGAGUUCAUCCGGAACCUGGUGACCCUGGAGAGCGGCGGCAGCGGCGGGGUGGUGUGGCGCAUCCGAGCGUCAAACACCAAGCUGGUGUGUGCAGUGGGCAGUCGCAACGGCACAGAGGAAACCAAGCUGCUGGUGCUGGACUUUGAUGUGGACAUGAAGUGAGAGGAGCAGGACACGCCGAGGACAGAUGAAGAAAGAAAACGAUCCGCAGGAAGAAGAGAGAGGGAACGGGAGCAGCGGUGCCUGGAAACCAGAGGGCCGACACCCAAAACUCUUCACCCAAACUCACUGAGGUCUACAAUCACAGACGGCGGGCUUUGCUGUCCUCUCUUAUUACCCACGUCUCCCACUUCGAGUUCAUGUUACUGAUAAACACACAGUUCCCUAAGUGUUCAGCCCUCUUCCCAUCGAUUAAGGUGAAUCGGAGGGGGAUCGGGCUGGAAACUGGGGGCGGAGGCCGCAGCCGCUGUGGCUGGGAGAGAUUCAACGAGUGGGAUCCUGUAGAGGCGACCCUCCACCUGUUGGGUCCUGGGCCAGCGUCGCACAGAGACCCAGCUUGGCUCCAGUCUGACAGAUUUCCAGUUGUACAGAGAUAUAUUAUUUUUUAAAGCCCCCUCCCUCCUGUCAGAGCGUGCCCACAGACAGACAUACACUUACACUCAUCGUAUGGCCAGCAGGAAAGCGGGCGAAGGUAGAAGACUGUGGAGCAUAUAGGAGAUGAAUCUCCACGCAGUUACUCCCGAAGAGCUGCUCGACGACGUGGGGAGAAAGGAAGUGCUCGGAGCGCCCAGGCCUCCGACCCGGGCUUGUUUCUUUGUCACUCCAUUUCCGUUCUAAUUGUUCUCCACUCGGUUUCAGUAGACUUUAAAUUUCUCCACACAAGCACAACUGUGAAUUUCAGUAUCUGAAGAGGUUGUUUUUGUUUGUUUUCUGCUUCACGCAAAAUCUCAGUAUUAGAGAAACCCAUCCAGUUCCCAGAUGCCGUCUUUGUCGCAGGUUUUUGUUACCUCCUACAUGUUUGUCUCCACUUGAACGUCAGUGCUGUCCAGCUCUGGUGGUUUGGUCAGAAACCAGAGGAAAGCUAUAGAGCCCCCCCACCUACUUAACCCCACCCCGAGUGGCCAAACCGAAUUUUAUGCUGCUAGAGGAACCGGAACCAGAGAAGUGGAGCUUCUACGUGCUGUGACGUUUUAGUCCACAGGCGAUAUUCCCAAUCGGACUAUGUACGUCUGGACUUAGAAAAAUAAAAAACAAAACAGGACAUUUUUACCAUCCAACUUUUUUUUUCCUUUGUCUUUUUUUUUGCCACUGAAACUUGAGCCAAACGUGCCUCUACGUUUGAGGCUGCAAGGAGGAAGGGCGUCGGACAGAAGCUGACAGGAUUCGUCUGCGGAGAUCGAAGCGAGACGUGUGGGGGGGGUGGGUUGUAAACACUGUUGGAGUGUGUGUGUGUUCUGAGUGCAUGAGUGUGUGUGUGUGUGUGUGUGUUAAUGUGUGUUAGCGGGCAACUUGUAAACACAUUCCUCGGGACAAAGCUUUUCCAGCCUGUUCUUUGGGAAAUUGUACAAAUGCUGCAUUGGACUGGCUUCAAAAAACAAACAAAAAAGA